UCGCGCGACCCGAGACAGACGAGCCACGAUGGCAACGACAAUACUGGACGCUACACCCAAGACUCUCACGUGGGCGACUGAUAUCGACCGCUACACGAUGGACCUCGUGCAGUGGCAGUCGGCCAACGACUUGCCUGAGCGACGCCUCAUGGUGCAGCGCAUCAUCGCCAUGACGAGGCGCACAAAGCCGCGGGGUGCCAGCGACGUCUGGGAUGAGAAGACGCCAUCGCUCGCUAAGCGCAUCGAGCUCAGCCUCUACAGCCGCGCUGCGUCAUUUGAAGAGUACAAAGACGUCAACACGCUGCGCCGGCGCCUCCAGAGCCUCGUGUCUCUAAGCUACCACGAGGCCGCAACGGCCAAGCACAAGCGCAAGAACAUGCACGAACCCGCCACCAAUGACGAGUGCCCUCGGUCCUCGCGACAGAAGACGAGCUCAACGGCCGAGCCGUCGGUCUUCUUGUGCCACAACGACGAUAUUGUACGCCAUGUGUACAGCUUUCUGGAUGGCGCAGACGCACUUCGACACGUCGCGGUCUGCAGGAAGGCCGCCCAGCUGCUGCCUACGUGCGUCGUGACGCUGCGUGUGACGGUGCGCGCCCUUGCAUCCGCGUUCGAGCUCCAAAAGGAGGCUUUCCUGGUCCAAUUGAAGAACCUUGAGGGCCUCGAAGUGUACAACCCAUCGAAGAUCAGCGACGACAACUGCAUGGACAGCGAUGUUGCGCUACAUGCCUGGGGCUGCAGCGAACUCGACAUCUCCCAGGACAAUGUCGGCGAGCGCGUCGUUUCGAAGCUCGCCAGCGCUUUUUUCCUGGGUGCGGGUGCUAAACUCCGUCGCCUGCGCCUUGUCUCGUCGUUCACCAACACAUGUCGGGAUAACGGAAUCCACGCGCUCUGUGGCGCCCUCCAACGCGGCGCGACACCGCUGCUCGAAGAUCUCUUGCUCGGGGGCAACAGCUUCUCAGACUCAGGCACUGUCGACAUCGCCGCUUUGCUGCGGACCGGCGCGGUGCCGAACCUCACGCGCCUCGACCUGCGCCGGAAUUACAUUGGCGAGUCGGGCUUGAAGCGCAUCAUGCAAGCGCUAGGCGCCGGGACGUGUCCGCAGCUCAAGUACCUCUGCAUGGGCGGCAACAUCAUUACAGACAACAGUGUCGCGCCCGUUAUCGCUCUCCUAUCGAGCACGCUCUGCCCGCAGCUGCGGUUCCUUGGACUCGAAGACAACUUUAUUAGCGCUCGCGGCGUACAAAACAUUAUCCAAGCCGCUGUCUCGGGCGGCAUGAUGCCCAAGCUGCACAAAGUCACGGGCGCCCCGACCAUGGCCGCUUGAAGGCCGCCCGUACCCUGUCACUUGCUUCGUUAUCUAUUCUUAAGUUUAUUAUUCGCGCACAUAGUACACCAAACAAUACAUGAUGCGUUGCCGCCGUC